AUGGCGGGCCUGCAGCAGCCCCGCUCGCCCUCGGUGGCCGCCCCGCGCUCCCCGAGCCAGCCGGCUGCGCCGGAGAUGUGCGCCCGGGGACCCCGCGUUGCAGGCCCGACCGCGCACGGCGCCUCGGCGUCCUCCUCCAGCACCGCGGCCGCGGGCGGGCCGGUCGGCGCGGCGCUGCAGCCGACGGGGCACGGGCAGGGGCAGCACGCAGGCACCAGCGGCUGCGACCUCUUGCGGCGAGAUGUGCUCGCCUUUCGCGACAGGCAAGCGGACGCGCUUGCGGACUUGAUCCUGCACCUGGGCGAUGGCUCAGCGGCGCUGGCCAACGCCGCAGUCGUGGAAGCGCGGUUGCCAGCACUGCUGUCUGCCGCGGAGCCGCUCGGGGAGGCUGACGCCGCCCUCGUCGUAGACGAGCACGGCCGCCGUGCAGGCGCCUUCUCCGCCUGUCCCGGCCCCAUGGCGGGCCGGACCAGGACCCAGAAGAUCCGGUGA